GUAGAGAGACAUGCUGCAGUUCGCGUGUGUUUUACUGCUGUUCAUGUGCGGGGCACAUUGCGAAACUAAUUUGUUGCAGAAUGCAGAUUUUGAGAGCUCUUCCUUUUCCCAUAUUUGGAAAUGUCACCAGUGUCAACUUACAGCGUCGUCGGACAGCCACACAGGUCAACAUAGCGUCAUGGUAUCUCACAGGUCCAAGUCCAAAGGCCCCUACCUGCUGGCGCCUGUGACGCCUGGGAAGCGCUACUUCUUCAGGGUGUAUGUGAAGCUGCUCAACACCCACCCGGGGUACCUUUACCAUGGUAUGGAUAUCAAGGUCUCACGCACUGACGCACAAGGUCACCGUACAAAUGACAUCGUGAGUAGGUCCCCGUACGUUCAGCUGCACACGGGAUGGCACGCCAUAGGUGGGGAUUACCUGGUACCUACAGAUACAAAGAGUGCAGAGAUAACAAUCGACGUGGAACCACCUCAGGUGGACUUUCUCAUGGAUACAGCCAUCUUGACGGAAGUUCCACAACUCACUAACUUCCGGUCGGAAGCAGACGACAGGAUUGAGAAGAUCAGGAAAGCAAAUGUCACAGUCAGGUUGGACAAACAUGGGCUGUCUGCUGAUCAGCUCGAAGUGGAGCUGGUUCAGACAUACAGUGAGUUUAUAACCGGAUCAGCUGUGGAUUCCAAUCUGUUCCUGGACCCGAAUCUGACUGCCUACCGCGACUACUUCUACAACAACUUCGAGUGGGCGGUCCCCGACGGCUUCCAGUGGCAUCAGUCCGAGAAGCGGGAGGGUCAGCCUGAUUACAGCAAAGUGAACAAGACGGUGGACAUUCUUCUAGCACAUGGGAAGAAGAUAGAGGGGCAUAAUCUGUUCUGGGACAACCCCAAACAUAUUCCCACCUGGUUGAAAGACAAGUCAGCCGCCGACAUCCGGGCUAUCAUGGAGAGGCGAACCCAGGAAGUGAUUGGAGGAUUCAAGGGGAGAGUCCUGCACUGGGACGUGAACAACGAAAACCAACACAACGACUUCUACGAGCAGCAUCUGCAGGAUCCAAACAUCACCAUGUGGAUGUUCCAAAAGGCUCACGCUGCCGACCCCAACACAAAACUUUUCCUCAACGACUUCGGCAUCGUGAGCAAGACCCACCACUACACACUGUCCUACGUCGACCAAGCCAAGACCUUCCUGGCCGCUGGCGUGCCAGUGUAUGGCGUGGGGAUACAGAGUCACUUCGAGGAGGACAUGGACUUGGCAGCCGUCAGUUUCCGGCUGGAUCAAGUGGCCAAGGUGGGUCUGCCAAUCAUGAUCGCCGCCCUGAACGUCAACCAGCCGGAUGUGGUGAAGAAGGCCCGGAUGUAUGAGUCCCUGUACCGCCUGUACUUCAGUCACCCCGCAGUGGAAGGGAUCACACAGUGGCACUUCUGGGACAGAGGAAUCAAGAAGCCCAACGCCAGUCUCACCUCGGGGCCAGACGUCACGCCGAACGCUGCGGGCAAGAUAGUUCGCCAGUUAGUGUGGGGAGACUGGAGAACCAACCAGACCCUCCCGAUAUCACGUGACCAGGACGUGAACAUACGGGCCUUCAAGGGAGAGUACAAACUGAGAGUGAAGCAUCAUGGGAAGGUUAUCCGGGAGGAGGACUUCACUCUGGGACAGGCGGGGGUGGACCUCACUGUAUCUCUCAGCGGAACAGGUUCUCAACUCGUGGUGGACCACGUCCUGGUGGGGUGACGUUACAGUCGCCUCACCACCCACAGAGCAACGUCAGUGACGUCAACUACUGGAUUAAACAAGUUGUGUCGGAACGUGGUCUGAUGUCCCGAUCGUUUGCCUCUACUGACGGAAAAUAAUAGCUGUGCUUUGUAUACUGUUUAAUAAAAAUAUAUUCAAUCAGAAA